AAAAAGGGCUCUAUAUAAACAUUUUUCCACCAUUCCCGGUUCGACUAGUGAUCGUAAUCGAACGCCCCCGGAGAGAGUGUCAAGUGUCGGCCUGUACAGUGUGGUGUAGUGUUUACUAAACUCCAACCAACAGAAAACAAUGGCCACCUCAUGGAUUCCGGCUAGCGUGCACGGACCGUACCCACCGCACAUGGUACCCGGCGGUGUAGAUAGCGACGGUGCGCAGAUCUUCGUCGGACGGGCACAUCACGCGGGCGAUCUGCUGCCGGCCAAAGUGAUACCGGACAAGAACGCGGCGUACGUUGCGCACGGUGGGCUGGAAACGUUCGUCGACCAGGUGGAGGUGUUGGUGCACAAGCAGCUGAUCUGGGAUACGGCUUCCUCGGGCCAGGUACCGAUGGGUGCCGUCGUCGGUGGCCACACGUCCGACGGGGAACCGCUGUACGUGGGCCGCGCCUAUCACGAGGGUUCGCAAACGAUCGGCAAGGUGCAGUGUUCGCACAGCUGCAUCUACAUCCCGUACGGUGGUUCGGAAGUGUCCGUCCCGACCUACGAGGUGCUGUGCGAACGGUGUUAUCCACAUUACGGAUUUCAUCCCGAUUACUUGUCUAAUCCAUCGGACUUAUCGUACAACCCAGCCGAAGCUCCCCCGGCACCGUUUGCUGGGGUCGCUCGAACAUCCAGCUCAUCUUCCGAUUCUUCCAGCUCGCCGUCCGUGUGCUGCGAAACGGUUAAGCCACCGUCUUAUGGGGCAAGCGUACCGAACGAAUUCGCGGGCUGCUGGCAAUACUGCAACAUCAAUGGACCGUUUCCCCCGAACAUGGUCCGUGCCGGUGUCGAUUGCGACGGUGAGGUAAUCUACGUCGGCCGUGCCUUCCACGAAGGUGAUAUGAUACCGGCCAAGGUGAUCCCGACCAAGAAUGUGGCCUUCGUGUGUCACGGUGGCGAGGAGGUCCUCAAGGAAGACUUUGAAGUGCUGCGCUACGGUGCGUUCGUGUGGGAGUACGCAACGGGCGGUAGCGUACCGGAGUCGGCCAUGAAGAUAGGCGAAACGGCCGACGGUGAAUCGCUGUACAUGGGCCGUGCGAUCCACGGUGGAUCGCAAACGCCCGGCAAGAUUCACCCGUCGCACGGUUGCUGCUAUCUGCCGUUCGACGGCGCCGAGGUGAGCGUGACCGACUAUGAAGUGCUGUGCAUUCGAUAAGUUAUCGGGGCAGAGUUUGGUUUGUGAGAUUAGCAUUGCGAAUAAAGUGGUAGUUAGCGCCCGGCUGGAUAUGUUUGUAA